CUGCCCUACUUUUUGUACUCGGCUUAUCAAAGUGUUAAGCUCAGCUUUCCCCUUGUGAAUCUCCAAAUUACUCGAGAUAGAAAAACAAAAUGCAGAGAUGGUUCGGCAAAAUUCGUCAAUUCACAGCAUAUUCUUCAACCAAAAAUCUUUUAUCUGCCAAUAAGACCUUUCUCAAUUCAUCACCACAGUUACAGAAACCAGCUCCGUUCCUUAUUAAUAACUCAAUCUUUAAGUCCAUUCUAAAUGCUCCUUCAAGAACUCAAACCCUGGAUGUAGCGUAUAAAUCUUUCAUCACUAACCCCCUGUCAUUGAAUCAGAGUCGACAUUUUUCGUCUAAGGAGAGGAAGAGAAAACCCGGAACUCCAGAAAUUUCUAAGUUGAAGAAAUACAAAAUGAAACCUUACUCAUCUUUUAAAAUGAGAUUUAGGGUUAUGAAUGAUGGGCAAAUCCGACGUUGGCGAUCAGGAAAACGGCACAAUGCACACUUGAAGUCGAAGAUAUCAAAGAGAAGACUCAGGCUACCAGCUCUUGUCCACCCUGCUUACGCCACAACAAUGAAGAAACUCAACUUUAUGUCAUGUUGAGGGUGUGCGACUUAAAGACUCCCCAGUUCCUGGUACAAGAUGGAUGUUAUCCUUUCUGGUUUCGGAGUUUUUUCAGAUAUUCAGAAGACCCAGACAUCAAACUUGAGAAAAUCAUAUGGAUGUGUGUUUUUCUUCUGUUUUUCUACUCUUAGAAAAUUUUGGGGUCUCGGAUUUUGUUUAAAAACAGAUGUCAGAUGAUUUUUUACUCAGCGUUAGAUCCUUGUUUAUGAGAAUAUAUUUUUUGAGGUGAA